AUGUUACCGGUUACCCUAACUCAAUUUCUUCCCGCCAAACCCUUCCCCUCCCGCCAAUUCCGUCUCUACAAACGCCCUAGACUCAAAAUCGAAGCCUCUCUCCCACUUCCAUCGCCGUCGCCGUUUGAGAAUCUCUUCACCACGUUGAUCUCUCAAUAUCCCUCCGUUAACUCGCUCGAUUUCAUCGUUCCCGCUCUCGGUUUAUCUUCCGGCGCCGCUCUUUUCUUCUCCCGAUUCAAAUCAUCUCGAAUUCCCGAUUCCGAUGCCGAUGCUGGAGAAGUUGGAGAAUGCGGAGAAUUGGGAGAAUGGAUCCUCUUUGCAUCUCCAACGCCGUUUAACCGUUUCGUUAUGCUCCGGUGUCCUUCGAUAUCGUUUAGGGAAAGCCGCCAUGAGGUUAACGAGAGGUUAGUGAAGGAGGAGAAGCAUUAUGUGACGGUUAACAGUGGGAAAGUUAUUGCGAAGAAGAAGGAGAAGGAUUUUGAUUUGGAUGAAGAUGAAUUGAGUUAUCAGAGAGUGUGUUUGAGUGCGCCUGAUGGAGGUGUGGUUUCGUUGGAUUGGCCUGUUGAAUUGGAUUUGGAAGAGGAAAGUGGUUUGGAUUCUACGCUGUUGCUUGUUCCGGGUACUCCUCAAGGGAGUAUGGAGGAUAGUAUAAGGUUUUUUGUGGUUGAGGCUCUUAAGAGAGGUUUUUUCCCUGUUGUGAUGAAUCCUAGAGGAUGUGCUUCUUCACCUCUCACCACUCCAAGGUUAUUUACCGCUGCUGACAGCGAUGAUAUCUGCACAGCUAUAACUUAUAUCAACAAAGCAAGGCCGUGGACUACCUUGAUGGGUGUUGGUUGGGGAUACGGUGCUAAUAUGCUCUCAAAAUAUCUGGCCGAGGUUGGGGAAAAAACACCACUGACAGCUGCUACAUGUAUAGACAAUCCUUUUGAUUUAGAUGAAGUUACAAGAACCUUUCCUUAUCACCAUGUUAUUGAUCAGAAACUCACCCGUGGCCUUGUAGAUAUUCUACAAACCAAUAAGGCACUUUUUCAAGGCAAAACAAAAGGAUUUGAUGUGGAAAAAGCUCUAUUGGCAAAAUCCAUACGUGAUUUUGAAGAAGCAAUAUCCAUGGUAUCAUAUGGCUUUGUGGACUUAGAAGAUUUUUAUAGAAAUUCUAGCUCAAGAAAUAUGAUCAAGGAUGUUAAAAUUCCUGUACUAUUUAUACAGAGUGAUAAUGGGAUGGUUCCAGUAUUCUCAGUUCCGCGAAAUCUGAUUGCAGAAAAUCCAUUCACCAGCCUGCUCCUAUGUUCUUGUUUGCCAUCAAAUGUUAUGGAUACUGAAACAUCUGCUUUAUCAUGGUGUCAGCUUGUAACAGUCGAGUGGCUCGCAGCAGUGGAGCUGGGUCUCUUAAAGGGUCGUCAUCCUCUUCUAACAGACAUAGAUGUUACAAUAAAUCCCUCUAAAGGAUUAGUUGUUGUGGAAGAAGUGAGGACAGAUAAGAGUCCAAAAGUCGGAAAAUUGUCGGGGUCAGAUCCAUAUAAUGGCAACUCUACUGACCCUACUAAAGGUUUGCUUGAAGAAAGUAAGAAUGAUGCUGGAAAAUUGUCGGGGUCAGAUCCAUAUAAUGGGAACUCUACUGACCCUACUAAAGGUUUGCUUGAAGAAAGUAAGAAUGAUGCUGGCGUCCACUUUAGGCUCCAACACAAUCUACAACAGAACAUUGAGCAUAGAGAUGUGAGCUUACAGGUAAAAAGUGACCCAUUACAGCAGAAUAGCUCCAGUGGUACAGAUUUGAUUGGAGAGGAGAAUGCUGCAUCAGUGGAUAGUGAACAAGGCCGUGUUCUGCAGACAGCCCAAGUAGUAACCAAUAUGCUUGAUGUUACAAUGCCUGGUACUCUUACAAAAGAACAGAAGAAAAAGGUGUUAGCUGCUGUGGGUCGGGGUGAGACCCUCAUGAAUGCUUUGGAAGGUGCUGUUCCGGAGGAUGUUCGUGGAAAGUUAAAAGAGGCUGUUGCUGGAAUUUUGCAUGCACGAGGCUCUGACUUGAAGUUUGAUAAAGUUCUCAGCAUUGCUCAGUCUCCUGAUUCAUCACCAGGGCAUAAGAACGAAGAAAAGGCAACAGAAGCAUCAACUGCAGAAGUUAGGAAAGGCCAGUCCUCUUCAAAUCAGAUGAAAAACACUAAUAGUUCUAUAGAUGGCUCUGAUAAAGUUGCAAGUGACAUGGGGGAGCCUGCAGAAGGAAUAGAGGCAGAAGUUGUCCGUGUAGAGAUACAUUCUACAAGCUCAUCUCAAUCUCAAGAAUCAAACAAUGAAGUUGGUUCUUCCGGUUCUUCGAAGGAAAAUGGCGAGUCUAGAGAAAAUAAUGAUACAAGUGGGGAUUUAAAAGGAAAGGUUGUUCCUGAUAUGGAUCAUAGCGAGAAGGGGUUAGAAACGGGUUCUGAAUCGUAUACUCUCAACCAUCCUGAUGCGGCAGGUGGAUCUGAAGCUGAAGCUGUUACUGAACAGAAAAGCCAAAAAGGUGGAAUAGCUCAAACAGAAACAGAGGAAAAUAAUAUCCCGAAGGUUGACCAGAAAAAUCAAGAUUUCUCUAAUGAUCAAAGUAAAACAGCAUUGACUGAUGCAAAAGAAGAACCUUCUCCUCCGAUGUCCUCUGAGCACCAGGCAGUGGAAAGAGAAGGUAAUGGUGAUGAAAAUAAAGAUAUUCAGAAUAUACAGCAAACUUCACCUCAAACUAACUCUUCCAGUUCAGGUCUCGCGGCCCCCGGCUUCAGCGUUUCUCAAGCAUUUGAAACCUUUACAGGGAUGGAUGAUUCCACCCAAAUGGCUGUUAACAGUGUUUUUGGCGUGAUAGAAAAUAUGCUAACUCAGCUUGAGAAUAACUCAGAUAAUGAAACUGAAGUCAAGGAUGGAAAAGCUAUUGAACACAAGCUAGAUGAACAACCAAAAAGUAGUAGCCAGAGCAAUGAUUCCAACAUGUCUGGAAAUCCUUCUCUAGAUAAUGAAGCUGAAGUCAAGGAUGGAAAAGCUAUUGAACCCAAGCUAGAUGAACAACCAAAAAGUAGUAGCCAGAGCAAUGAUUCCAACAUGUCUGGAAAUCCUUCUCUAGAUAAUGAAGCUGAAGUCAAGGAUGGAAAAGCUAUUGAACCCAAGCUAGAUGAACAACCAAAAAGUAGUAGCCAGAGCAAUGAUUCCAACAUGUCCGGAAAUCCUUCUCUAGAUAAUCACCAUGAUGGCAUGUCCUUGAGUAUUGAUUCAUGCCAUACGGAAGAACAACUAAAAACCCUCAGCAUAACUAAUGGAAGCAGUGGGAGUGAUUCUCAAAAUUGUUACUCUAAUGAUCACCAAGUUAAGAAGACUGGUAAUACAAAUAGUCAACUGAUUGAUAAAAGAUUUCUCUAUGAUGAAUGGGAUGGACACAGACAGGUAAGUAGGAUGCCAGACUUCAUAGCUGGAGGUUCAUAUGGAUAUGGGAACUCUCCGUACAAAAAUUACCUCCGUAAAUAUCUUGUUUCUGAGAUUCGUGCCAAAAAACAUGAUUUAGACACAACAACUGCAUUAUUUCUUGAUUAUUUCCCAGAAAGUCAGAAACUCUUUGAACAACCACAAAACGUGGAAAUUGCUUCUGCUGAUGCUGAAAUGUAUAAGGAGGUUGGGAGCAAGAUGAAACCCCACACAUCUGCAAAAUCUUUUGAUGAAAAAGAGUGUAUUGAACCACCAUAUGUGAUAUUAGAUGCAGAAAAGCAACAAGAACCGGUUAGAGAGUUCAUCACUACAGACACUGAGAACGUAAUGAUUCAUACUGGCGAUGACAGGUCAAAAGAGUCUAUCCAAUUUGUGAAAAACAAAGUACUAGAUUCUUUGAAGAUGGAAGUUGGUCGCAAGCUGAAUGCCACGGAAAUGAUAGAAAUGAAACCAAAGCUUGCCAGAGAUAUGGAACAUGUGGCGAAUACGGUCUCACUAGCUGUUGGAACUAGCAAGGGGCAACUACUCUAUUCCAAAUGUCAAGGCCAUGAUGUUGAGGGUGCUGUAGGAAAGGUUGGCACGCUUGAUAGGGAACAUAUCAUUAGGGCAAUUUCAUCUUCUGUUCAGCAAACAAGCUGCCUAAGAAAAGUUAUGCCUGUUGGUGUUAUUGUUGGAUCCAUCUUAGCUUCCCUUAGGAAAUAUUUUAAUGUAGCUCCACAUCAAGAAAAUGGCCAGGGAAGAUCUCAUGCCCUUGGUGAUGAGGAGAAACCUGGUGGAAAGAAUUAUGUCAUUGAUGAUGCAACAGUGGCAGGUCAAGUACCAGAUGAGAAACCCAGUUUGGACCAUCCCAUCAAGAGAGAACUUGUAGAAAGUGAAUUAGAAGAUUCAAACAAAAAUACUUACAUGGUUGGUGCUGUUACAGCUGCUAUUGGGGCUUCUGCUUUAUUCAUGCAACCAAAGGAUACACAAGGAGAAAAUGAAAAUCACCAAAAGAAGCCAGAAGAGCUCAAAGAGAAAGUCUCCGAUAAUCAGAGUAACAUAAUCACAAGCCUUGCUGAGAAAGCCAUGUCGGUUGCUAGUCCAGUUGUACCUACCAAAGAAGAUGGUGGAGUGGAUCAAGAUAGACUGGUUACAAUGCUAGCUGAUUUAGGGCAGAGAGGUGGCUUGUUGAGGCUAGUUGGAAAAUUUGCUUUGCUAUGGGGUGGUAUCCGUGGUGCAAUGAGUUUGACGGACAAGCUUAUCUCAGUCUUUCAUUUUUCUGGGCGUCCGUUGUUUCAGAGGAUCUUUGGGUUUGCUGGCAUGAUCCUUGUUUUAUGGUCUCCUGUUGCUAUUCCGUUCCUUCCUACAAUUGUUCAGGGUUGGACAACAAACAGUCCUUCCAUAAUAGCCGAGUGUGCCUGCAUUAUUGGCUUGUACAUUGCUAUAAUGAUACUUGUAAUGCUAUGGGGGAAAAGAAUCCGUGGAUAUGAAAAUGCAUUUGAGGAGUAUGGGCUAGACUUGACUUCACAAAGGUUAGUUGAAUUUUUGAAAGGCUUGGUCGGUGGAGUCAUGUUCAUUUUUUCAAUCCAUGCUGUGAAUGCAUUUCUUGGUUGUGCAAGUUUCUCUUGGCCUCAUAUUCCACCUUUAGAUAUCAUGGCUUUGCUAAAAGUGUGUGGACAAAUGGGUCUGCUAUUUGUUCAAGGAACUGCAAUGGCAAGUGCUAUUUCAUUGGUGGAAGAAUUGCUUUUCAGGUCAUGGUUGCCCCAGGAAAUUGCAGUUGAUCUUGGAUAUCAGCGUGGAAUCAUAAUUUCAGGGCUAGCAUUUUCUUUCUUACAAAGGUCGCUAUCAUCAAUACCGGGACUUUUGCUUUUAUCUUUGUCCUUGUCGGGUGCCCGACAGAGAAACAGAGGUAGCCUCUCUAUUCCUAUCGGGCUACGUGCGGGGAUGUUGGCGUCGACUUUUAUUUUGCAAAAGGGUGGUUUCUUAACAUAUAAUUAUAAAGGAAACAUUCCUCUUUGGGUAAUUGGGUCUCAUCCAUUACAGCCAUUUAGUGGUUUAGUUGGUUUUGUAUUUUGUUUAUCACUAGCAAUAAUUCUCUACCCCAGAGAGACUUCACAAAAAAGUGAAGCUAAGGAGUGA